AUGUCUUUCUGGGAUAGGCCAGGGCUAUUACCCAAUGUGGUUUCCAUGGCAUGCUGCAUUGGGCUGAGGAAUGGCCUGUAUGCUUCCUUCCGAGAUGGUUUUUGUCGAUUGAGAAGAUCAGCGACAGGCAAUGCUGACAAGGCCGGAGCAGGAGGCAUGUUCGUCGCAGGGCUGUUCUCAGGGGCGACUGGCUACAUUAUUGCGUCUCCUUUGCUACAGGUGCGGAGCUGUGUGCCCCUGAACGGCGCGUGGAUUGAUGUUUGGCCGGAGCAUUGGGGCAUGACGAUGCGGCAGAUUCGAGAGCUGAUGGAUGAUUGCAAGGAGGAUGUCGACUGGCAUCAGAGUAAUUCUGUGCGCGACAUGGUGAGAAAUCACAUUUUGCCACGUACAGCUGGCAAGGGUGUCGGUUAUGCUCUCAAGAUCAACCACCAAUCUCCCUUAGAAGUGGAGGUGCUUGUAUCACACUCAUGGAACGAGAACGCAGAGGAGUUUGUUGAGACGCUUGAACGCACUGUGCGUCCAGAUGAAGUGCUCUUUGUUUGUGCGUUUGCGAUUUAUCAGAACGAGGAUGAUGCAGGUCCAACAGUUUCUGAACAAAUUGGGGCUUCUAUGAACGAGAGCCCGUUUGGUCGAGUCCUGAAACACAUUCAGGGGCGAGGCCGCAUUGCUGGCUGGUGGUGGUGGCCACGGCGUACACUUUUUAUUCUACCAGGUUUGUGCUUGCUCGUUGCCCUUGAAAUUUUUAUGGUGUCGCAACUUGUUUGCGGCGGUGUGCCUGGCCCCAGCUACUUGUAUGUCCUUGAGCAAGACAAAGGCCAAAUUUGUGGUGGCUGGCGAAGUGCUGGGAGUGGGACAUGCUUCGCAACGCGAUGGGUUGUGGAAGAUUUGGUCUCUUACUGCCGCCCAGCUUUUCCACUUACCUGGUGUUUUGCUUGUUUGGCUGGAGUUGUGGCAAUUGUGCUACACCUUUUUCAGCAUCGGGUUUAUUGUGGCCGCAUGCUUGCAGUCCCCAACUACCAAGACAACCUGUACCAAAGGCUUUGGUGUGUUUAUGAGAUAUUCAUGGCUUCACAAUUGAAAGUGUAUGUGGGGCUAGCGCAGACAUUGGCCCCGGCUGGAAAAUGCAAAGCCCGCACUGCACGAUGCUCCAAUUCUGAGGAUGAGGCACGAAUUCGUCGAGCGAUUGAAGCGUUUGGAGCCAGAUGUGUCCACCAGCGCAGGUCAAAUAGCCACUUGGCAGUCCUUGAUAUUUUUGCUGGUGACAACCUCGACCCGGCUGUAGUGGCAGCUGAAACAGGGUAUCGACGUGUAGAUGCAGCCAUUCGGUGGACGACAAGUAGGGCUCAGAGGGAAUGGUUGUGGGUGAUGCUUCGCAUCAUGCUGCUGGGUACAGCCCUGCAGGGCAGCGUCACUGUUUUAUCAUACUCGAUGGGGCUACUUCGACAGUAUUUUGCAAUAGGCUAUAUUCUGGCAUUUUUCUUGUACAUGCUGAUUAUGUGGGCAAUCUUACGGCGAACUGGUUGUUUGCAACGCAAGCACCUGCUUGUGCUCGGCUUGCUUCCACUAGUUGGAGGAGUCUUGCUUGUGGGAAUUGCAGAUUGGCUGGCGCCAGCCAUUGAAAACCAUUCUCUAGAUGUACUUGCUGCCAUGGGUUUUGUAUUUAUUAUGUUUGCGAUCUCAAGCCUAUUUCUUCCAUUAACAAGGAUUCGAAAGUAUGGCGGCAACUGGAGGGGAACAUUUCUGUUUAUGGUUGGCGCUCUGACUUGGCUUCUUUUCUAUGCCGUGUAUGCCGUGUACCUCCAAGAGCCUUUCUGGAAUUUUCGAAAUCUGAGCUGGCGCUUCCUGUAUGCGUCUUUGCUACAAACCUUGGCCUUGAACAUUGGCCCACCUUUGCUGGCUUGCUACAUUUGGUCGUUCUUGUUGGCGUGGGGGGUUCGAAUGCAAAUUGUGGACAGAGAUCCAUCUGUCACUGAGCAUGUGAUGCAAGGAGUCGUUGAUCUCCGCGAUUCGUCCUUAAACAUCGUGGAGGAGGGCUUCACGUCUGGAUUUGGCAAUUUCUGUUUCUGUGCUGGUGUCCCAAGUACAGAGAGGGACACUUCGAGCACGAGCUCACCUGGCUCAGUGGCGUCUUCGGGUUCGUCUUAG